AUGGAGGAAGAAGCUGCAGUGGUUGCGAGGUUGGACGGCGUCGGCGCCGACGAUCUCUGGAACAAGGUUAGGGGGUUGGGUCACGAGGGAGAUUGUCACGUGUCAACUUUAUAUUCAUUCAGGCAGAAAAUCUGUACUUGGUUGAUCCUAACUACCAUCUUACUCUACAUUCUAUAUUCUUCCAACCUUCUUCUCUUUAACAAUAAUGACCAACAGGAUUGCUCUCCCAUCACCACCACCACCGCCACCACCACCAGAUUUGACGACACUGCAGCACAACAAAUUCUCCAAAUUAGUACGGAUAACAACACAUCCAUGACCACAUCAACCGAAGAAGAAGUAGCAAGCAUAGACAAUGAGAAUAAAGAAACAACAACACAACAAAAAAUUUCGAACGACGAUAAAACGGAAGAUGAAGAAGACGAAGAAGAAGCGAUUAUAUCGUCAGAAGAAGAAGAAGUGGAAAAUAACUAUCCCGUGGUGGUUCGGUUAACCCCGGAACAAACGGCGCAAACAACCGAAACAGAAUUGAAGCACAUUGUUUUCGGGAUUGCCGCAUCAUCAAACUUGUGGGAACAAAGAAAAGAAUACAUCAAGGUAUGGUGGAGACCAAAAGAAACCAGAGGUGUUGUUUGGUUGGAUCAGAAAGUAACAACAACAAAAAACGAAGGGUUACCGGAGAUUAGAAUAUCUUCGGACACGUCGAAUUUCAAGUACACGAACAACCAGGGACAGAGAUCUGCGUUGAGGAUAUCCAGGGUGGUUACGGAGACACUGAAGCUUGGGAUGAAGGACGUGAGGUGGUUCGUGAUGGGUGACGAUGACACGGUUUUCAUAGUUGACAACGUUGUUAGGAUGCUUCAGAAGUAUGAUCAUCGACACUUCUAUUACGUUGGCAGCACUUCCGAGAGCCAUAUUCAGAACAUGCAUUUCUCAUAUGCCAUGGCUUAUGGCGGUGGUGGCUUUGCUAUAAGCUACCCUUUGGCGGUGGAGCUCGCUAAGAUUCAAGAUCGUUGCAUUCAACGCUACCCUGCUUUGUAUGGAAGCGAUGAUCGGAUUCAUGCUUGCAUGGCUGAGCUUGGUGUCCCUCUCACUAAGGAAUUUGGCUUCCACCAGUAUGAUGUGUAUGGAAACCUAUUAGGUCUAUUAGGGGCUCACCCAGUGGCGCCACUAAUUUCAAUUCACCACCUUGAUGUGGUGGAACCAAUAUUCCCAAGGAUGAGCAGAGCAGAAGCAAUGAGACACCUAAUGGAAUCUGUGCGUGAGGAUUCAGCCAGCAUAAUGCAACAAUCAAUCUGCUAUGACAAGACCAGAUAUUGGUCAAUCUCAGUUUCUUGGGGCUAUGUGGUUCAGAUAAUAAGGGGAAUGUUGCCACCUAGAGAGCUUGAAAUGCCUUCAAGAACCUUUCUAAAUUGGUAUAAGAGAGCUGACUACACUGCAUAUGCAUUCAACACAAGGCCUGUUUUCAAACAUCCAUGUCAAAAGCCAUUUGUUUACUAUAUGUCUAGAACUUACUUUGAUUCAUCAAGGAAACGAGUUAUUGGUGUUUAUAAUCUUGAUACCGCUGCUAAACCUCCUUACUGCCGAUGGAGAAUGCCUUCCCCAGAAAUAAUCACUUCCAUUGUAGUUACAAAAUCUCCUGAUCCUCUAAGAUGGAAAAAGUCACCAAGGAGAGAUUGUUGUAAAGUUCUACCAUCGCGUAAGCCCUCAACUCUGUACAUAUGGGUGGCAAAUUGCCGGGAAGGUGAAGUUAUUGAGAUGCAGUAG